AUGUCUGCAGCUAAUGAAGAGGAUGUUUGUAGUCAUGUGAAAGUGGUGGUUCGUGUCCGUCCAGAAUCUCAGAAGGAGAAAGAUGGCAACUUCAGCAAGGUCGUUCAUGUUGUUGAUCAGCACAUAUUGGUCUUUGAUCCGAAGGAGGAAGAAGUCAGCUUCUUUCAUGGGAAGAGACUGACCCACAGGGAUAUUAAUAAGAGAGUAAAGAAAGAUCUUAAAUUUGUGUUUGAUGCUGUUUUUGCUGAAAGUUCAUCCCAGUUGGAAGUUUUUGAACAUACUACUAAAAGUCUAGUUGAUGGCUUCUUAAAUGGAUAUAACUGCACAGUGUUUGCCUAUGGUGCAACAGGAGCUGGAAAGACUUAUACAAUGUUAGGUUCCCCUGAAGAUCCUGGAGUGAUGUAUUUAACCAUGAUGACACUUUAUAACUGCAUGGAUCAAAUAAAAGAAGAUAAAAUAUGUGAUAUUGCUGUCUCAUAUUUAGAGGUCUACAAUGAACAGAUCCGUGAUCUGCUGGUGAACUCAGGACCUCUGGCUGUUCGUGAAGACUCCCAGAAAGGGGUGGUAGUUCAAGGGCUAACAUUACAUCAGCCUAAAUCGGCAGAGGAAAUCCUUCAAAUGCUGGAUUUUGGAAAUAAAAAUAGAACACAGCAUCCUACAGAUGUAAAUGCCUCCUCUUCCCGGUCCCAUGCAGUCUUUCAGAUUUAUCUAAGGCAGAAAGAAAAAACAGCUAGUAUUAAUCAAAAUGUUCGCGUCGCCAAAAUGACUCUCAUUGACCUGGCCGGAUCUGAACGCGCCACUGCGACAAAUGCCAAGGGGGCUCGUUUUAGAGAAGGAACGAAUAUUAACCGCUCCCUGCUAGCUCUCGGCAAUGUUAUUAAUGCUCUGGCAGAUCCAAAGAGCAAGAAACAGCACAUUCCUUAUCGAAACAGCAAGCUUACUCGUUUAUUGAAAGAUUCCCUUGGAGGAAAUUGCCGAACAAUAAUGAUAGCUGCUGUUAGUCCAUCUUCCAUGUUCUAUGAUGAUACAUAUAAUACUCUCAAGUAUGCAAACCGAGCAAAGGAUAUCAAGUCAGCUCUGAAGAGCAAUGUUGUUAGUUUGGACAGUCACAUAAGCCAGUAUGUUAAAAUUUGCGAUGAACAAAAAAAAGAGAUCCUAAUGUUGAAAGAGAAACUGAGAGAAUACGAAGAAAAGCAAGCAAGCAUUCCUGAAAAUCAUGCUGCAGUACUUUCAAACAACCAGCAAGUGGAAAUGGAAAGAUACAAAGAAGUCCUUAAAAAUGUGUUUGCAAACCGUGAGGAAAUCAGGGAAGAAUACCUCAAGUUGGAAAUGCAGCUGAGAAAAAAUGCACUGAAGACACAUUACCACAAACAGUGUCAUGAACAAAUUCAACUGAUAUGCUCUGAAGAAAGAGUAGAGAGGGCCACUUCUAAGCGGAAUCAAAGGCUUGCGAUGCUUAAAACCCACCGCGUACAGGUGCAAAAGAAGAAAGAAGAGGAGCUCAGACGUUUUGAGGAAAAUACCAGUUGGCUGCAUCGUGUUGAAAAUGAAAUGCGCCUCCUGGGUCAAGAUGGGCGUAUUCCAAAGGAACUUUGUAAAGAUCUGCAGUGUUGCCAUUUAAACCUAGAGGUUAAGGACCUGAAAGCGCAAAUUCAGCACACAUUGGCUCUGGUGUCCCUUCAAGAUGAGUAUUUUAAGCAGACAGAAAGAGUACUAAAUACUUUGCUUCCACUUCUUCGCAAGCAAUACUUGACUUUGAAAAACGCUGGGUUGACAAAUAAUUCAACUGAGGCUGAAUUUGAGGAGGUAGAGCAGCUGAUUCAAAGAGAAAAAUCAGUAGUUUGGGCUGACCAGACUGAAGAAAAGGAAGAAAAUCAAAAACCUGAACUAAAGUUGCCAGCUGUCUUUGCAUUCCCACAACUUCUGAACACACCUAACACCCCAUGCCGUACAACUCCUGGUACACCAUCACAAGGAAUGAAUAAAAAUACACAACAAAUAGUAGGAUAUGUAGUACCACCACGGAAAAGAACUAGGCGGAAGCUAAUGGACUCUCCAUUCACAGCUCAAAGUCCUGCUGCACCAAAGCAUUCCAGCCAUCUGGAGGAUUCUCUGACCGAGGACGUCUGCCCUAUUGUGUAUACACCAGAACUUAGCAGAAAGCCUGAAGAAAGCUGUACGCAGACUGUGGUAAAGAAAGCUUUACACCUCGCAGGCCUUGAGAAAGCCAGUGCAUGUAAUAUAGAUACAUCUGUGAAAAAAGCACGUAUUAUGGACUCUACAUGUGACAUAAUCCCAGAGUGCAAUGGAGCUGACAUCAACUCGACAGUAAUUCUCUAUGAAGAGAAAGAUGAAACAACUGUAGCAUCUACUGACUCAUCUGUGAAGCCAUCACAGCCACACAGCAAUAACAUUCUGCAAAGACUUGGUCUUUCUUCCUUAAAACCCAAAAAUCUUACUUCAGUACCUAACAAGCCCUCGUAUAUGGCAAUGACUUUUGCUGCUAGGAGAAAAAGAAAUGCAUUAAGUUCUACAUUAAACACUGGCUUAGACAGCCUGCAAGACCAUGUUCCUGCAAAACGCAUUCAACAAAGAGUAAUGUUGAGCCAUAGAGCUUUGCGAGUACCUAAAACAGCAGGAAUUAAAACGAGGAGUUUGAAGCAAGAAAAGGAUGUGUCAAUAAACCUGGUUAAAUGCCUUUGUGAAGGAAACAUAGCAUUGGAUGUUAAAUCAAGGACAUCAAAAAAUCUUUUACUUCAAGUUUGUAAGCAAAAAAAAAAAGGAUUUAAUUCUGAGUUCAUCCGUAGUUCAAGCAGGAUUGAUGGGAUAGCAAAUGAGAACAGGGUUACUUGA